AAUUCACACACACAAAUCUAGGAACAUACUUAUUCGGUCAUGCAAGCUGUCAGCCAGUGGUAGAGGAAAAUAGCUGGGCCUAAUUUAUUUAAAAAUAUCUAAUCUGUGGAACCUCCGUACUGACUUGUCGGUGUUCCGCGGACUGAUGCGGGUGUAACGCAAGGUGCAGCCUUGAAAACAGUCUGUUCUGAUGAUAAUAUUGUAACUAUGUGAUAAAGUUAUUAUUUGUAUGAUGAAAGAAACGCAGUUCGAAACGCUCAAAUGUAGCUAACUGUUAGCAUCAGAGUGCUAGUUAAGGACACGCAGCCUGCGAAAACUACCCAGGAAAGAUAAGCGUUUUUCACCUUGGCUUUUGCUCUCAGUCCUGCUGACUGUCCAAAGCUCAGAGCAGAGGCAGCAAUGUGGAGCUGGUUACCAAAUAGCAGGAAAACUUCACAUUGGAUUUAACUAGUUCUUGGUUUAAAGCCAGACAGCUUGUCUCUAGCGAGGGAAGAAGAUGAGCGUCCAGAAACUGCUGUUUUCCGGGUUGAAGUUGUCGACUUCAGGGAGAAGUCGAUGGAUAAGUCGGCUUCAUGAUGGCAUAAAUGGGAAUGGAAAGGCAUCUCUUUCCUCUUGCAGCCCAAAGGUGUGUAUUGUUGGAAGCGGACCGGCAGGCUUCUACACGGCACAGCAUUUGAUCAAGGCACGUCAAGAUGUUGAGGUGGACAUUUAUGAGCGGCUGCCCGUCCCUUUUGGCCUGGUCAGGUUCGGGGUGGCCCCCGAUCAUCCUGAAGUCAAGAACGUCAUCAACACGUUCACUCAGACAGCCAAGCAUUCACGCUGUAGCUUCUACGGUAAUGUGAAUGUGGGAAAGGAUGUGAGCGUUGAACAGCUGCAGCAAGCCUACCAUGCAGUCGUACUGAGUUAUGGUGCAGACGGAAACAGGAGUAUGGGAGUGCCAGGAGAAGACUUGGCCGGUGUGUACUCUGCCAAAGAUUUUGUGGGCUGGUACAAUGGGCUGCCCACUUGUCGGGAGCUGAGUCCAGACCUGAGUUGUGAAACAGCAGUCAUUCUGGGACAAGGCAACGUGGCCUUGGAUGUAGCAAGAAUCCUGCUGUCUCCCAUUGACAUUUUAAAAAAGACUGACAUCACCCAGCCGGCCUUGGAGGCUCUAGCAGAGAGCCGGGUCCGCAGGGUGCUGAUUGUUGGCAGGAGAGGACCCAUGCAGGUUGCUUGCACCAUCAAGGAGCUUAGAGAAAUGGUGAACCUGCCGGACACCAGACCUGAGAUGGUGGCAGCUGAUUUUGAGGGUGUCAGAGAGGCUCUUAAAGAUGUGCCGAGGCCCAGGAAGCGUCUGACAGAGCUGAUGUUAAAGACGGCCCUGGAGAUCCCAGGAGAGAAGGAGCAGGAGAGGCGAAACAAGGCCUCCCGCAUCUGGGCUUUUCGAUUCUUCCGGAGCCCCAUUGAAAUUCUGGCUGACCCUGACCACAGCAGAACAGCUGGCCUCCGACUGGCGGUCAGCAAGCUGGAGGGUUCAGGCGAGGGAGCCCGGGCAGUGGUCACUGGAGAAGUGGAGGAUCUGUCCUGUGGCCUAGUCAUUAGCAGUAUCGGCUACAAGAGCCUCCCCAUUGAUCCAUCAGUGCCAUUUGACUCCCACAAAUCCAUCGUCCCGAACAAAAUGGGCCGCGUUCAACAAGCUGCAGGUCUAUAUUGUAGUGGCUGGCUGAAAACAGGCCCCACUGGCGUGAUAGCCGACACUAUGAACAAUAGUUUUGACACUGCACGAUCAUUGAUGGAGGACAUGGACUCUGGAACGUUGGAUGUAUCUGCUGCCAAGCCUGGUUCUCAAAGCAUCAGUGCUCUGCUGGAAAAGAGAGGAGUGAAACCAGUGAUUUUCUCAGACUGGGAAAAGAUUGACAGUGUGGAGAUGAGGAGGGGCGAAGCCACUGGAAAACCCAGAGAAAAACUACUGACUGUGGAGGAAAUGCUGCAGGUGGCUCGAAAAUGACUGAAGACAGGAAACUGUUUACAGGUGGACACUGAGUAACUGUUGCAGUAUAAAAUAACAGCAGUUGUUACCAUAUCAAUAGGGACCUCAAUGACAUUCUAAAGCACUGAAAGAAAGUGUUGUUUCCUGUUGCACUAACCUCAAACAACAGGACUCUGAUGGAUGUGUGUGUCUUAAUGUGUACUGUAAGUUGCUGUAUGGUGGCUGAAAUAUGUUUUUACAUUUAAUACACUCACUUCAUAUAAUGAUA